AUGGGUUACAAAGUCGCGGCUAGUAGACAGGAAUCACUUCCAGGUGAUGAGGCCACCAGCAGCCAAUUGCUAGGAAAAAGCGUCGAGACCAACCUCCAUCUAGAACGUACCGCGACGCUCAAAGACUACCUGCGCGUCUUCACGUAUGGAACUGUGUGGGACUUCUUGGCUGGCGCUGCUGGCGUCUUAGCUACUAUCGGCUCCGGUGUUACCCAGCCCUUAAUGUUUAUUCUUUUUGGAAAGUUUGUCGGUGAAUUUACUGGCUUUGUUACUGGGAACGCUAGUCAAAGCCUCGACAAGACCAAAGAUACCCUCGAUCAGUUAUGCCUCUUCGUGUUUAUCCUGUUUUUGGUCCGUUUCGUACUUGCCUCGAUCCACAAGUUUGCCUUUCGUAUGAUUGGCAUUAGACUGUCGGCCGCCAUCAGGCUACAUUAUCUAAAGCAACUUUUCAACCAAAGCGUGCAUGUUCUCGACUCUCUACCCCCCGGCCAUGCUGUCGGUACUAUCACGUCCAGCAGCAAUAUACUACAAAUCGGUAUUUCUGAGAAACUCGGCACCUUUAUCGAAUCCACUACUCUCAUCGUCGCUUCCCUGAUUGUCGCGUUAACGUGUAGCUGGGAAUUAUCACUAGUCACGUCGGCUGGCUUUUUUGUUGUCGUUCUAAUUGUCGGUGCCUUGUUUCCGCUCACUGCCAAGGGCCAGGCUCGCCAAACAAAGCUGGAAGGACAAGCGGCGGGUAUCGCUAGUGAAGGCUUUGCAAGUAUUCGCAUGAUCAUGGCCUGUGGUGCACAGCAGCAGGUUGUUGACAAGUAUGGAGCCCUCGUGGAAGAGGCUAAAAAACAGGCACAAGCUACAAACCCACUGACCUCACUGCAGUUUGCCUUGACAUUCUUUGGUGUCUUCGGUACUAUCGCUUUUACCUUUUGGUAUGGGACUAUGAUGUUUACUAAGAACAGACUGGAUGAUAUAGGGAUUAUCAUUGUAGUCCUCUUCUCUUUAACAACUAUUUUCUUUUCUCUGGAUCGUGUUUCAGUGCCUUUGCAGGCCAUAAGCAAAGCUUCGCUAGCUGCAUGCGAAUUAUUCUCCGUCAUUGAUGCCCCCAUCACUGAAAGAGGCUCGCUAAAGGCACCUCAUAUUUCAGCGACAGAAGAUCUUGUUUUUGAUCAUGUCACUUUUGCGUAUCCGAGCAGGCCUGACAUCAUGAUUCUAGACCGGCUGAACAUGCGCAUUGAGGCGGGAAAGAUAACUGCUAUUGUUGGACCCUCAGGCUCUGGGAAAAGCACCAUAGUUGGUCUGAUUGAACGUUGGUAUACCCUGACGCAGCAACAUGUCAUUGCCAGGGUGACACAGCAGGAUGGCGGAAAGAACAAGAAGAAUUCCCAAGAUACUGCUAAUGAGCAAUUUGGACUAAUUGGGCCAGAGCUUGAAGAGGACAGAAAUCCAGUUAACAUCCAAGGCACCAUUACAACCUGCGGUCAUUCACUAGACGAUAUCGACAUCAAGUGGUGGAGAUCAAAGAUUGGGCUUGUCCAACAAGAGCCCUCCUUGUUUAAUGAUACCAUCUACGAGAAUAUUGCCCGAGGGUUAAUCGGUUCUCACUGGGAGGGAGAGAGCGAAGAGCGAAAGAGAGCUCUUGUCAAAGAAGCCUGUCAAGAGGCCUUCGCCGAUGAGUUUAUCGACAGACUCCCUUUAGGAUACGACACAAAGGUUGGUGAUGGCGGCGCUAGACUUUCUGGUGGGCAGCGCCAACGCCUCGCCAUCGCCCGAGCUAUUGUCAAAAGACCUGACAUUUUGAUCCUCGACGAAGCCACGAGCGCUAUUGAUGUCCGUGGUGAGCGAAUCGUACAGGCAGCUCUCGACAAGGCUGCUCAACAUCGAACGACUAUUAUAAUCGCUCACCGACUCUCCACUAUCAAGAACGCCGAUCGUAUCAUGGUUCUCAAAAAGGGUAAAAUCAUCGAGUCUGGAACACACAGCAGCCUGAUUUCUACAAAUAACGGAGUUUAUGCUGGUCUCGUAAAGGCACAGACUCUUUCCCUUGGUGACCCUUUCCAGGACACCCAGGAGUUUGAUACGGAAGAUAUUGACACCCUCAGCCGUGAAAAGAGUCAGGCAGAUUGUAAAGUUGGUGAUGGCUGCCCUGAAUACGACAAGGGUGGGAUGAAGUCAGAUCGUGGCUUCUUUGGAAGCUUUGGGCUGUUGUUCUUCGAGUCCAGAAAUUACUGGGGUCUAAUGAUCUUCGGCGUUUGCAUCUCAGCUGUAACCGGUACGGCACAGCCAUUGCAUGCAUGGCUGAAUGCUCGGUCUAUCUUCCUCUUUAAAUGGCAAGAUAAUUAUACUAAGCUUAUGAAUGAGAUGGGCUUCAUGGCUAUUAUAUGGACUAUCUUUGCCGCCUCCGCUGGUAUCGCCUACUUUAUAACAUUUCUCUGCUCUGGUCGCGUUGCGUCUUUGAUCCGAGCAAAGUACCAGACGCAGUACUUCAAGUCACUGGUCUUCCAGCGGGCAGUAUAUUUUGAUGAGGAUAGCCAUUCUCAUGGUACUCUAGUCUCGCGCGUUAGAGAUGACCCGCUUAAGCUCGAGGAGAUGAUGGGUACGAAUAUUGCCCAGAUCUGUAUCGCUGUUUUCAACAUAAUCGGCAACCUCAUAAUAUCCCUUGCGUAUAGCUGGAAGCUUGCGUUAGUCUCAUUAUGCGCUGUGACACCGGUGUGCGCCUUCUCCGGUUAUAUUCGUUUUCGAUAUGAGCUCCAGUUCGAGAGCAUGAGCGAUAAGGUCUUCGCCGAGAGUUCCCAAUUUGCCUCGGAGGCAAUUGGAGCUUUUCGUACCGUCACAUCCCUUACUCUUGAAAACUCAAUAUUAUAUCGCUUCGAGACCCUCUGCCAUGAACAUGUUGUCUCUGCCUACAAAAAGGCUCGCUGGGUCAGCAUUAUUCUCGGAUUCUCAGAAAGCGCCAAUCUCGGUUGCCAGGCGCUCAUCUUCUACUACGGUGGCCGACUGUUUAUUCGUGGAGAGAUCGGCACCAUGGCGUUCUUUGUGUGUCUGACGGCUAUCAUGAAUGCUGCCGAAGGAUUUGGCAAGAGCUUGAGUUUUGGCCCCAACUUUGCCCAAGCAACCACUGCGUCGAAACGUAUCCUAGAUGCAAGAGAUUCUAGCUUCGUGGAGCCUCACGAUAAAGAUGAUAUUCCUGUUACAGAGGGCGGUAUUACGAUUGAGCUCCGUAACGUUUGUUUGAGAUAUCCGAACCAAACGAAACCCGUUUUCAAUGGGUUGAACAUGAGGAUCGAGAAAGGACAGUUCGCCGCCUUAGUUGGUGCAUCUGGCUGUGGCAAGACUAGCAUCAUAUCCUUGCUUGAAAGGUUCUAUGAGCCCGAGAAGGGCCAGAUACUCUUCAAUGGAAAGGAUAUUUCAGAUGUCAACAUCUAUGCAUACCGCAAACACUUGUCUCUCGUGGCACAAGAGUCUACGCUCUUUCAGGGCACGAUCCGAGAUAAUAUUCUCCUUGGUAUAGAUCCCAGAACAAUAACUGACAGUCAGAUCCACGCCGCCUGUCGUAAUGCGUCGAUUCAUGACUUCAUUACGUCUCUCCCUGAGAGCUACAACACCGAUGUCGGAUCCCGCGGCAUCACUCUCUCUGGUGGACAGAAGCAGCGCAUUGCUAUUGCUCGAGCUCUGAUUCGCAACCCCCGAGUCCUUCUUCUCGAUGAGGCGACUAGUUCUCUUGACUCGGAGAACGAAAAGCUCGUUCAGGCGGCCUUUGAACGCGCAGCUAAGGGCAGAACUCUGAUUGCCGUUGCACAUCGAUUGGCCACCGUGCAGAAUGCCGAUAUAAUCUUCGUUUUAGGUGAAGGUGGCCAAUUGUUAGAGAAAGGCAGUCAUCUAGAGCUUCUUAGGAAAAGAGGUGUCUACUAUCAAAUGUGCGGAGGAUUCGGUCAGGAAGACCGGGUUAUGGGACUUGGGAUCAUUCCGGCAUGUGUAAUUGAUUUCGAACGGCACUUUCAGACUUCGACUGGCCGGUAUAUUCUUGGCGAGUAA